AUGCCUUUCGACAUCGAUACCGCUCGCCGAAAUAAGACGCCCCGGCCUCUGUCGGACUCGGAGCGCGCUCGCGUGGAGGAGUUCAUCGACUCGAUCCACUACUCUGCACGGUACUCUGACAGCGAAUAUGAAUACCGCCAUGUUCAGCUCCCCAAAGCCAUGCUCAAGGCUAUUCCCAAAGACUACCACGAUACCUCCAAGGGUACGCUCAAGCUCUUGUGGGAGGAGGAAUGGCGAGCUCUUGGCAUUACUCAGAGUCUAGGAUGGGAACACUACGAAGUCCACGAGCCAGAACCGCACAUCCUCCUGUUCAAGUAUGUUACCAUGGCGAUCCCAAAGUUGGGAUCUACCUCGGACGUCUCCCGAUGGCUAACGUGA